AUGGUGGUAGGCUCUUGGGAGGACGUGGACUCGAAGCUUGUACUUGUGGGCUGUUCAGACGAAGUCGAUCCAGAGCUCGUGCCUGUGGCUUGUGACGCGGAUUGGGAGCUCGUGCUCGUUGGUCCUUCCGAAGAUAUCGAUUCGACGCUGGUACCUGUGGGCCCUUUAGACGAGGUUGACACGGAGCUGGUACUUGUCGGUUUUGCGGACGAUGAUUCGGAAGUAGUAAUCAAGGACUUCCCAGACGUGGAUUCGGUACUCAUAACCCUUAGUUCUUCCGAAUGUGUUGAUUUAGAGCUGGUACUUGUGGGUUGA